AAAAAGCCAAAAAAUGAAAUAGCAACAGCAUCAGUCCCUCUCGCUCCCACAUCGCCUACUCAAGCAGCAUAUGUCGCAUGAUUGAAUGGGUUAGCUAGUUACAGUACAAGCUGAUUCAGUAGACGAAGAAUAAGAAGAAGAAGAAGUAAUAAAAUGUGGUUCUUAUGAAAUAUUUUGAAUUAAAAAUCCAAUAUCCGGCUAAAUAAGUGUAUCCAGAGUAGUGUCCACAUCCUUUUGAACGAUCUAGAAAACGACAGAAAUUGCGACUCCUUCCGGAAAUGGAGGAAUACGCACGAGAACCUUGCCCCUAUCGCAUUGUUGAUGACUGUGGGGGUGCAUUUGCCAUGGGAUGCAUCGGUGGGGGUGUUUUCCAGGCAAUUAAGGGCUUCCGCAAUGCCCCAUCGGGGAUAAGCAGACGAAUGCUUGGUAGUCUUACAGCCAUAAAAGCCAGAUCUCCCGUAAUUGCGGGAAAUUUCGCCGUCUGGGGCGGAAUGUUCAGCACAAUUGACUGCACUCUCGUACACCUGCGCAAAAAGGAAGAUCCGUGGAAUUCGAUAAUUAGUGGAGCAGCCACUGGGGGAAUUCUCGCGGCAAGAAAUGGAGUUCCCGCCAUGGCUGGCUCAGCAAUCAUCGGAGGAGUCCUCCUGGCUCUCAUUGAGGGCGUUGGGAUUCUCUUUACACGCCUCUCAGCUGAGCAAUUCCGAAUGCCAGGCCCCACGGAAGAUCCUGCCGUUCUCAAUGAAGCCUCCAAUCAGGGUGGCGGCGGUGGGGGCUUCAGCUUUGGCAAGGCCCCACCAAAUUAUCAAUAGCCAGGCAUCUGUGGACGCUCUAGUGCGUGCGUGUGUGUGAAUGCAAUCCCGUGAAAAUGUGAUAAAACAUCGUGUGGAAGAAUUAGAGAGAAUUCCUUUCCUGGGAAGGACAUUUGGACAGGAUUUGCUUCGAUUCGGCAUGGGAGGAAUUUUGGGGUAUUUUUUCUCGUUUUACUCUCCCUCCCGCCGGUCUCCCCGGCAUGUGGCUGAAUCCCAUCAGGUGUGUGUGCCAUUGUGUACCAUUUGGACACUCCUGGAUGACGGAUUGAGGCCUCCCUGACGCGCGCAAAAACAGGAAGGUAAAAGAAAGAAAUUCUCUGUAUAUAAAAUUUAUUAAUUAAAAAUAAGAGACUACCAAGACCAAAAAAAAAAACAAACAAAACAAA